AUGUCCGACCCGGACCGGUAUUUCACCUUGGAGAUGGGCAACGAUAAGGACUAUAUCGCCAUGCGCACUAGCCAUGCGUUAAACCUCACUGGUCCCUCCAUGUGUAUUGGUACAGCAUGCUCAUCAGCUCUCGUCGCCAUCUGCCAAGCUGUGGAAGCUCUGCGUGAUGGGACCUGUGACAUGGCCCUUUGCGGUGGCGUAUCGGUGGUUCUGCCGCAGAAUGAGCACGCGAGCCAGGAAGGCAUGAUAUGGAGCUCGGACGGCAAGUGCAAGCCCUUCACCGACCAGGCCAGUGGGACGGCGAACAGCAACGGUGGUCACUGCUUCCUCUUGAAACGUUAUGACGACGCUUUGAGAGACAGCGAUCCGGUCUACUGUCUUAUCUCGGGAGUAGGGGUUUGCAACGAUGGGGCUGGUGAGCCGUUCUCAGCCCCCAGCGUCGACGGCCACGAGAGAGCUAUUCGAGCGGCUCAGAAUGACUGCAGCAGUGCCAUCAGUGGAGAAGUGGGAAUGAUAGAGGCUCAUGCCACUGGGACGUAUGUUGGGGACCCUAUAGAGGCUGAAGCUCUUAGUGGUCAAUACUGGAGGAACAAAGGCGAGGGAAAAAUUUCCGUGGGAAGCGUGAAGGGCAAUAUCGGACACGCGAAUACAGCAGCUGGGGCCAUGGGAUUCGCUAAAGCCGCUAUGUGCGUAUAUGAGGCGGUGUUAGUCCCUUCUGGCUCAUCCUCGGAAGGGAAUGUGAAUCCUCUUUUGUUGCAUCGUCUCGAAGCAUCGAACAUGGAGCUCCAACGUGUCUUCGAGCCGUGGUAUGGAUCACGUCGAGUUGCGGCUAUCAGCGCCCUGGGUAUUGGUGGCACUAACGCCCACAUUAUCAUAGAGAGCGGGCCGCACGCUGUCAAGUCACCGAUGGCCGUGUCUGAGAAGGCUCCCAUAUGUAUCCCUUUUUCUGCGUACAGCCAAGACGGCCUGCGAAAGGAAGUGGAGGGUCUCAUCAAGUUCCUCCGGAUCUCCCCCGACUCUGUCGAUCUUGCGUCGGUCGCGUACACGCUCGGCGUGUUUCGACCAUCCCUUCCGUAUCGGACUGUCGUCGAGGUCACCAGCUCCCUCCCUGACGCUGCUAUUGCUCAGUUGGCAAAUAUAGACUUCGAGGAUGUCAAUGAAUGUUCUGGUGCUUGUGAAUGCGUUACGCUUGUUUGUCCCGGACAAGGUCUGGCUCUGCCUCAGCCUGGAAUGGUAUUCAUCGAACCCGAGAUAGUUGCUCUUCUGGGCGAGGACCCUGUCCUCACCUAUCAUCGCCAGCCGAAUCCCGUCACAGCACAGGUCGCCUUGUUCGCCAUCUCCUAUUCUACGGUUUUGCGCAUUCUACGUAUCAUACCCGAAACCACUCGAAUCCAGCUGCUCGGUGCUUCGCUGGGUGAAUGGGUGGCCGCGACUGUUUGCGGGGUGAUGCCUUUAAAACAAGCAUUGCAGAUCGUGCGCCUCCGUGCAAGACUCAUCACUGAAGGCAACACAGGCAAAAUGUUAGCUAUAAAUGGUUUGACCCUAGAAGAUCUAUCACAGCUGCCGAGUGGCGUCGAAGUGGCCUGCGCGAAUGCUGACAAGCGCAUCGUUGUGAGCGGCCCACCUGAGUCGAUUGAGAGCUUCAAGGCCACACUUAAAGUGCCUUGCAAAGUGCUAGAUACUGCAGGGGCGUUCCACUCGACAUACGUUGACCGAGCAGUGGCCGUAUUGGAGAAGGAGAUUCCAGUCCUCGUUCCGGACCUUAGGAAACCCUGCAAGUACAACCUCAUCAGCACCGCCACGCAUGUCGAUGGCGAGUGCGAUUUCGCUUCUGCUCGGUAUUGGUGCCGCCAGACAAGACGAACGGUGAUGCUUGGACGCGCCCUGAAGGAGGCCGGCGAAAGUGGAACGAUGUUCAUCGAUGUGGGGCCUGGUGCGGGCAUGAGAACUCUUAUUCGCGAAUGUGUCCCUAGCGCCGAAGUCUUAUGCGCGGCGCGCUACUACGACAAGACUGAUGACGUCCUGCGCGGUGCAAUGUGGGCCAAGGGAAUCCUAUCCAAGCCACCGGUGCCCGAGAAAGAGGGGUUGUCGAGAGUUCUCUCAUUGCCGAUGAGAGGGUGGAGACGAACAAAGUGCUGGCCGGCAGAUCGAGACACCAGCAGAGACUCUCACCCAGCAUCGUCUGCCUCUGACGUGACCAGUAUGAUGUACAUUGAGGACUGGAAAGACCUUCCGGUAACUCCUCCUUCUCUUGAUAAUGGACCUUCGAGGGAGCUCGCUGGUAUCCGCCUCUUAGGACGGGUUCCGAGCUGCGGGGAUGUCAUGUGGUGCCGAGAUGUAUCUGAGUUCGACGUCGUGGUGAAGUCGCUCGGUCGAGCCAUCGUAGUGGUAGACGCCGAAGACGAUAGUGAUCCUAUAAGUCUCCUCGGCGAUGUUAUCAAGUUUGUACAGGAGAGUUUGAUACCGAACGGCCGUCUGCUCUCCCACAUGGACACGUUCUUGGUGAUACGUGACUGCCAGUGUGCAAGCUCAGUCGUGGGUUUCGCAAGGUCGCUCAUGUCCGAACAUGGUUCCAACCUAGGCUUGAGGAUUGUCCGAGUUCUCGAUAUGAAGAACUUGCCCUCGUUCAUCGAGUUGCCCAGUUUAGGGGAGUACAAAGUGGCAGAUGGUACUGUUAAGCUUCGGCAACUCUGCCGUAGUCCGCCAGCGACGCCAAGGGCUGACCUCAGCCAGCAGCUCGGUGAUGGUGUCAUUGUGAUUACGGGCGGCUUUGGUGGUCUUGGGCAACUCGUUGCAAAGUGGGCGGUUGACAACCUCAGCUGCAACAAGAUCGUUCUCCUCGGCCGAGCGGCCUCCUCGUCGCUGAGUUCGCUCAGUCUGCAGUGCCCGGUCGACGUACGGAUCGCUGACGUCAGUAACAGUGCUUCUCUUAUCGACGCCAUAUCUGAGUAUCGUGGAAUGGUGACCGUCGUUUUCCACUGUGCUGGUGUGGUGGAAGACGCUGUUGUUGAAAAUGCUCCCUCUGACUAUCAAGAACUUUACCGAGCUGUUGCCGCGAAAGUCCUCGGCCCAGUGAAUCUCGUGAAAGCGCUAGGAUCGGGUCCUCGGUACGUGUUGUUCUCCUCGAGUUCAAGCGCAUUCGGCAAUCCUGGGCAGUCUGUUUACGCAGCCGCCAACUCCGCCUCCGACUACUUCGCGGAGAAGUCUUCAGCUGACGUAUUGUCUAUUCAAUGGGGUGGCUGGUCUAAGUCGAUCGCGAGCAGUAUGUCUGCCAAAUACAACAUUAAUCCGACAGCAGGGGAGCACUUCUUACAGCCUCGUGAGGGUCUCCAAGCCAUGGGCAACCUCUUGAGCAGUCUCGCCGAUGGUCAUCUGAAGUCGAGGAGUGUAGUGGUCGCGAAUAUCUCUGACUGGCAAACUAUCUCAGCGCUGCUGGUCUACCACGAGAGNNNNAUUCUCCUGCCAGCCAGUUACUGUUGCAAGGCAAGCCGCUCUUCCAUGACGUUAUCACACCGUAACGAUGCAGGUCCCGCCUAA